CAUUCACGAUCUGCACAAACCACACAAAGUGAUUUACCAUGCAACUACGUAAGUUUUCUACAGACGUGAUUUCUCUUAUACGGCUCAAGCAUACUGUGAAAAAGUAGCCCUGCUUAUCUGCAUUGAGUGCGAACCAACUAGGGUGCAGCAUAAUAGAAAUGUGGGCACUACACGCAUUCGCGUUCCUAUUGGUUACGAAUACUAUUGUUGGACGUUCUACACGUGUUGAUGCAAGGAACUAUUCUUGUGACAUACCACCGACAGUGGAGAGCUGUAGCAUUGUACACCGAAAGUGGAGCUUCGUGCUCGAGUCGAAUAGGUGCGAAAUAACCUAUGUGUGCUCUGAUCACCCCAAUAGAUUCCACACAAAAGAGGACUGUGAAGCAGCUUGCCCGCGCCUUACAGAUCACACACCUCUACCAAGAGAUGACUGCUCGUAUUGGAUUACACAUUUAGACCAGUGCAAGUUCAAACGAGAGACGUCCUACCCUGACCGUCGAGGGCGAAGACAGCCCACAUUACUAUACAGGUUCUGUGGAGAAAGAAACACGAAAUUAUAUGCUUACUACUUCAGAACUGGUCAUUGUGUAGGCGCCCAAUCUAGAGCGAGCGCUUGUCUAGAGACGCCCACAGUGGAAAACUGCAGUCUUGUCCGCCUCAAGUGGAGCUUCAACGCUCAAUUAGGAAGAUGUGAAAGAAAUUACGUCUGUUCAAACCACCCUAAUGCUUUCCAAGAUGAAGCUUCGUGCAUGGCAAUGUGCCCUUCAGUUACAGAUAACGCACCUCUACCAAGAGAUGACUGCUCGUAUUGGAUUCAACAUUUAGACCAAUGCGAGUUCAAACGAGAGACGUUCUACCCGGACCCGCAAGGGCGAAGACAGCGUGUAUUGCUGUACAGGUUCUGUGGAGAAGGAAACACGAAAUUAUACGCUUACUACUUCAUAAGUGGCGAAUGUUCAGGCGCCCAAUCAACAGCGAGCGCUUGUCUAGAGGCACCCACAGUAGAAGACUGCAGUCUUGUCCGCCUGAAGUGGAGCUUCAACACUAAUUCAGGGCGAUGUGAAAGAAACUACGUCUGUUCAAACCACACCAAUGCUUUCCUAGAUGAAGCAUCGUGUGUGGCAAUGUGUUCUUCAGUUCCAAGUCCCCAACCUCCAGAGACCUUCAAAGAUUGCUCCUAUUGGCUUCUUCGUUUAGAAGAGUGCAAACAAAAGUGGCUGACAUCGUAUCGGGGCUUUCGGGGAAGAAUAAUGUACGCCUUUAUAUACACUGAAUGCGGGUCUUCUCCCCAAAAAUACUACGCAUAUUUUCUAGCACACCGCCGCUGUUCAGAAGUUGAUUUGCGUCUUGGUCGCACAAAUCAGUAGGCGAAGCCAACACAUUUUCAGCAGCAAAUCGGAUGGCCUCGUCAUUGGGACACUCGGUGGUCGACGCUGGGGAGCAAGAAUGCUGUACACCGUUGCAGUUAUUUGUUUUCAUGUUUGCAAGUUAUGAACCGCUGUUUUGUUGUCGCAGUGAAGCGAAUAAAGUAGCAGAGUGAAUAA